CAAGUGCAAACACAGCUGUGCUGGACUUUGGAGUGGACAGUCCAAGUGUCGGUCCAGUUGGGAAAGUUUGUGGCAAAAUGGAGAAGAUUAAACUGUUUCUUCUGAUCUGCGGAGUUUUACACGAAACACGACUCACUUCUGGAGCGUCUGUGUUUCUGUCCAGACAGUCGGCAGGGUCAGUUCUGUCCAGGCAGAAGCGCUACAACACUGGAGCAUUUGAGGAGAUGAUGAAAGAUAAUCUGGAGCGAGAGUGCAUAGAGGAGAGCUGCACCGUGGAGGAGGCGCGAGAGGUGUUCGAGAAUGAUGAGAAAACAAUGGAGUUCUGGGCCGGUUAUAUUGAUGGAGAUCAGUGUUCGUCGUCUCCGUGUCAGAACGGUGGGUCGUGUGAAGACGGGAUGAGUGCGUACGUCUGCUGGUGUCCAAUCGGCUUCAACGGCAAAAACUGUGAGCUAGAGAUGGCGCGUCAGUGUGACGUUAAUAACGGAGGAUGUAUGCAGUUCUGCAUGGUGGAUAAAACGUACGGUGCGGUGUGCGACUGCGCUGACGGAUAUAGACUCGCUCUGGACAGCAGGAGCUGCGAGCCCACAGCGAAAUACUCGUGUGGCCGUUUGAGUUCCCACAUCGUUAAAGCUUCUUCUACCAGAACGCUCUUCAGUGCAGGACCAGUGAACCAGGUCCACUCUGUAGAACAUCAGAACCGCACAGAGAGUAACCUAACAGAACCCAACAGCACGGUUUCCACAGCGCUCAGCAGCGCCACCACCAGGCCUGCCACAGAGCGUGACUGGGCUUUCUUCCCCACCCUGCCCACCAUCACGGAGGAGAACAACAAUGAACAGCGCAUCAUCGGAGGAAACGAAGCCACACCUGGAGAGAUCCCCUGGCAGGUGGCGCUGGUGACGAAAGAUAAGUUGGUGGCGUUUUGCGGUGGUUCUCUGCUGACCAACGUUUGGGUGGUUACAGCUGCUCACUGUCUGAAGGACGGGCAGGACACCCCCUACUUCAUCCGGCUGGGUGAGCAUGACGUUAACACGAAAGAGGGGACAGAGAGGGAUCACGAAAUAGCCGAAUAUCACUCACAUCCCAACUACAACCUACAGCGCAGCCACAGCCACGACAUUGCGCUGCUGAAGAUGGAAACCCCCGUCACCUUCUCGGACUUCAUCAUCCCCAUCUGCCUGGGGCCCAAACAGUUCACGGAGAACCUGCUGAAGAACGCCCCCAACUCCCUGGUGAGCGGCUGGGGCCGGCUGCGGUUCGGCGGGCGUGAGUCCGACACGCUGCAGAAGUUGGAGGUCCCGUUUGUGGACCGAACCGAGUGCAAGGGGAGCGAUAAGAUCUCCCGCUUCAUGUUCUGCGCCGGAUACAGCAGCCUCCAAAAAGACACGUGUCAGGGGGACAGUGGGGGGCCACACGCCACCAACUACCAGGGCACCUGGUUCCUCACGGGCAUCGUCAGCUGGGGUGACGAGUGCGCCAAGGAGGGCAAGUUUGGCAUCUACACUCGAGUGUCCAAAUAUAUGAACUGGAUCACUAACAUCACCGGAAUCAGAGCAGGAUCCUCUGGACAAUAACACUGACCUUCAGUUCAAUACAGAAAAUACAGAAUUAAGCAGUUUCUAGAGUAUUUUAGAAUAGUUUGCCCACAUAUUUCUUGCCAUUUAGUUUCUCCAAAGCAGUUUGUUCCAGACAGUGGUCAGUAACCCUGCUCCUGGAGAUCUGACUUCCUGUGGAGUCUGAUUUCACCCACAACCUGCCACACCUGGUCCAGCUAAUCAGCUUCUUCAGAUGUCCCUGAUUGGCUGGAUCAGGAGUGUUAGUGUUGGGUUAACCCUUACAGGUCAACUAUGUCAUAAAUAAAAGAAUAAAUCUCAGUAAGGCUCCAAACUAUAGACUGGCUUUUAUUUUUUUGGAAGGGUAGUGUUUUGCCGUUCCGAUGAGGUGUCCAGUGUGAUCGUAUCCCUUUCAGAAGCUCUGUAAUCCAGCUUUAAACUGCACUGUCUUUUUGGAGACUUUGUAUAAUAAAUCCUUAAUGACAAAUCCA